GCUCACCUCAGCCUCAGCUCCCACCUUCUUCAAUCAAAUCCAUCCCUACACCAACACCUACACCAACACCAGCACCAGCUUCAACCCAAUCCACUACCUCCCUCCUCCUUGAGAGAGAGACACCAACCGCAACUCGGCUCAGCACGCCGAUGAAGAGCAGGAGGCAGAACGGCCGCGGAGGAGCCGCCGCCGGCGCCAUGGCGCUGGACGGGAGCCACCACACCACAAGCAGCGGCUGCGGCGCCGGUGGGGUAGGAGGAGGAGGAGGUUGCAGCAAGAUGGAGCGCAAGGAGGUGGAGAAGAACCGGCGGCUGCACAUGAAGGGCCUCUGCCUCAAGCUCUCCUCCCUCCUCCCCGCCUCCUCCUCAGACCACCACCUCCGCCAUUAUUCCACUUCUUCCUCUUCCUCGCCGCCCUCCAGCAGCAAGGACGCGGCGACGCAGCUGGAUCAGCUGGACAGCGCGGCGGCCUACAUCAACCAGCUCCGGGGCCGCAUCGACGACCUCAAGCGCCGCAAGCAGGCCGCCCUCUCCGGCGGCUGCUCAUCCUCCGUCUCCGCCGGCGACUACAAGCCACAGACUACGGCGUCGCUGCCGGUGAUCGAGGUUAGGCACCAGGACGGGACUCUGGACGUGGCGCUGGCGAGCGAGGCCGGGCGGCCCUUCCGGUUGCACGAGGUGAUGGCGGUGCUUGAGCAGGAGGGCGCUGAGGUGAUCAGCGCCAGCUUCUCCGUGGUGGGCGACAAGAUCUUCUACACGGUCCACUCGCAGGCGCUCUGCCCCCGCAUCGGCCUCGACGCCGGCCGCGUCGCCCAGAGGCUGCGCGGCCUCGCCGCAGCCGCCACCGUCUCGUCCCUCCUGACAUGAUCUAUCUUUUUUGCCAUGGCGACCGGACCGACUGACUGCUGACCGUAGGGUAGCUGACGCGCGGAUGCAAGGGUGGUGAAUGGAGCUGGUUGAUUUGCACUUGUGCUGCAGAUGAACAAUUUUUUUCAUCAGUCGGGUCGGGGCAGCAAUGUUCUACGUGACGAUGUUUGUUUCAGCUUAAGAUUCCCUCCUUGUACCGGUGUUCUUCCUGGCUGUGGCUAUUGGUGCUGGGUUUGGUUGGCUAAUGCUAAUGGGUGAGUGAGCUUCA